AUGUUAACUCUGUUAGCCUUGUUGCUUUUGUGUAUUUGCACGCCGGCUCGCUGCAUUUUCCAGGAAUUAUACUGCACCAUCGCCGACAGUUGCGACUGCGACUUUAGACCCAACGUCAGAGAGUUGGAGUGGGACUUGUACAAGAAUGUCUACGGGCAGCACCUGGCCCAGGAGAUCCUCUCCGAGGAGGUGGCACGUUUCCUGGCCGAGCAGGCGCCCGAGAGACCGCUGGUGCUGUCCCUGCACGGCUCGUCGGGCACGGGCAAGACGAUGGCGGCCGGCAUGCUGGCGCGCCACCUGUACGGCUCGGCUAUGAGCAGCCCCUUCAUCCACCAGUUCAUCGCCACGCUGCACUUCCCCGCCGGCAGACACGUGGAUGCCCAGCAGGAGCAGCUGAAGUCUUGGGUGCAAGGCAACGUCACCGCGUGUGGCCGCUCCGUCUUCAUCUUCGAUGAGAUGGACAAAAUGGCGCCCGGGCUGCUGGACGUUCUGGAGCCGUUCCUGGGCGCUUCCCACGUGGUCUUUGGCACCAACUACCGCAAGGCCAUCUACGUCCUCAUCAGUACGGCGGGCGAGGAGGUGAUCAACAAGGCGUCUCUGGAGCAACGCGAGGCUGGGCGGGACCGAGAAGAGAUGACGGCGGCCGAGUUGCAAGACGUCAUCGCUCAAGCCGUCUACAACAACCCAACCAGUGGCCUGUACAAGUCGUCCAUCAUCCGUCAAAAGCUGGUGACCGCUUUUGUGCCCUUCCUGCCGUUGUGCCGCCUCCACGUGGAACGAUGUGCGAGGGCGCAGCUGUGCCAGCGCGGCGCCUGCGAGCGCCAAGACGUGGCGAGGGCCGUGGCGGCCGACAUGACGUACAAGCCGUCGCCGGGACACUACUUUUCCACCAGCGGCUGCAAAACUGUACCCGCCAAGAUCGACCUGCUCUUGUGAUCGCCAAGUAGGUACUGCACUGGUUUGGAGCGCCGUGUUCCCCUGACGAUGGCCAUUGUUACCCCCCAUCAAACCUCAACUACUAAAAAGGAAAAGAAGACAUUUUUAUUGCUAGUUGUGAGAAAAUGUGUCAGGAACACAGGAAGUCCAAGAUGUUUCCACAUGGACACAAGGACCUUUUUAAAAAGACGAUGUUCAAUUUUGACAGUUGUACUGCAUUCCUCAUCUAAUGGCCACCUUAUAUGGAGACGAGAGGAUGAAAAUAUUAGGAACAGCUCAAAAGAAAAGUAAAUACUCUAAAACACUCA